CAACCACAAUAACAGCCAAAUUUACCACCUAUCUUAAAUGAUGAUCCAGCCCCAACAAGACGCCUCACAGCAACAACAACAACAGCAGCAACAGAAGCUUUAUCACAAUCGAGCCGUGUCACUCAACUAUCCUCUCUCUGCCAACGGCAUGGAUCGACCGUGGCGACACGCAGCCACACCUCCGAUGCUUCCUGCUAUGGCCUACGGCUGCAUGUUCAAUGACGGAUGGAGCAGUCCCCAAGAAUACCUAUCAAGCUCAAGCAGUGGUAGCAGCAGCAGUAGCAGCAGCAGCAGCAGCAGCAAUAACGGAAGCGCCUCCGCCACUGCCACCAUGACACCCUCACCUGUCGAUAUGGUGCUAGUACACCCUGUCAAAACGGAAGUAGAUACGACGGUGACGCCAACAACCACGAUGAUGUCUUCCGUUGAAAUCCCUGAUAGUUUAAGGAUCACCGGUAUACUUGCUGCCCCUACUGCCAUUUCACCGAAAACCGACGAUGCUCUGAUCACCUACUUGAAUCGAGGACAACUGUACGCGAUCGACCUUAAAGAUACACGACCAGAAACUGACGGAAACACAAUGAUCACUACAACAAUCUCAAUCACAUUCCAUGAAAAAUCGCACCGACAAGUAGCCAGCAAUUAUUGGAAGUUUUGGUUAAGUCAGCAACGAUCGACAGACGCACGAGCCAUUAGUAUUGAUGACACCCAUUGCGCGGGUGCUGUUAACCUGCGAUUUGCAUCGUUUGACCGUAUCACAUUCGACUGGGAUACGCGUCAAGGAUCCAGAAUCCAUGUCCGUUUCCAUUGCUUAUCUACUGAUUUCUCGCGUAUCAAGGGCGUCAAGGGCAUCCCGCUUCGCAUCCAUAUGGAGCACCGUAUCGCACCUCUGUCGGCGUCAACAUCAUCAGCAUCAUCAUCAGCAUCGCCACCAGGAGCAGAUGCACUGUCGUCAUGCAAGUACGUUGAAGAAUCAUUCUGCAAAAUCAAAUUGUUCCGCGAUAAAGGCGCUGAGCGCAAGAACAAGGACAAUUCCAAGCAAUACAUGAGACAUUGCCAGAAAAUGCAAGAAAACGCAAAGGGCGAGCACCAAAAGAAUUUGAUGGAGCUGAUGUACGAUCUCCAAAAGCCAUUCAGCGUAUUCAGUACCAUCCCACAGUCACCCCCACUCAAGCACCUCGAACACCUGUCAGGUUGCACGAGUGCCGAGUUUGACGGCUUGUCCCACAGCUAUUUCGCUAGCAGUACUGAUGUCGGUUUUGGUGGCAACACGACUGGACAUAUCAUCAACACCAACAACGGCAGCACAAGCAGCAGUACUGGUAACAACAAUAAGCGCAACAGAGUCAUGACAGCCCCAUCGGCUUUGUUCCACGGACAGCAGCAGCAGCAUCAUCCUUCAUCGGCGUUUUGCUCGCCAUUCCCAGCAGCCUUUGCCACCCCGUCGCCGUGGUCACCCUUUCAAUCGCCUGCUGUGACAACGACAGUCGCAACUCCGGGCCCUGGCAGCAGCUACUUUUACAUCGAGUCACCCACAAGCAUGUACAACUCAUCCGUAACCACGCCAUUCGACGGCUAUGCCACUCACGAACAUAAGGAUAUGAUGAUGCCACCACCACCACCACCACCGCUGCCUCCAUCGAGCCGUCUUUAUGGCACCCUUACAUCAUCGACCACCAUGCCUCCACCACCACCUCCUCCUUUACUACUAUCCUCUUCGGUUCCUGCUUCUGAUGCUGCUGCUGCUGCUGCUGCUGCUGCUGCCAGUACUACUCCACUUGCUCACAAUCCAAAGAAACGCACACGCGAAGCUACAAGCGAUGCAGCAAGCGGUGAGCUGAUGAAUAAACGCAUGUCGAUCCGGACAGGCGAGGACCUAGAGCCGCGGUGGAUCGAGCUCCAAGAAUUCACAGCACAAGAACUCAAAGCGAAGCUUUGCACGGUACUGUCGCUCCACCCAGACCAAGUCAGCCAUAUCGUGUGGCGACCCAAGGACAAGUGCGCACUUUCAACAACAACAACAACAACAGCAUCGCCACGUAAAAAGUCGAGCAGCCAAGAGAUCUUUAUCACCAUGGAUGACGACUUUAUUACGCAAGACGUGUUGAACUGGCAACAGCCAACGGCUUCCUGGGAGAUCAAGGCUGAUGGGACUGUCCGUAUUGUGCUGGAAAACUGA